AUGCUCAAGCUCACACCGCACCACGCUACGCACUCGCUCUUGCCUGCGAUCCGCUCGUUCGCUGCCGAUGCACCUUCAUCGUUCCGCCCCGCCGACCUGCGGACGUGGUACCUCGAUCCAAAGACGGACCCGCUGCACCCGGCGAUCCUGUUCUGCACGGGCAUCUCGGUUGUUGUUUGGCUGCUGGGCGAGAUCACAGGCAACGUCUCGCAAGUCGACCGCCUCUGGACGACUCUGCCGCUCGUCUACUCGGCGCACUUCACGUUCUGGCCGUACUGGUCGGGCCAGGUCUCGCAUGUUGCUCAACUCGACCACCGGAUGCUCCUCGUCUUCGCGCUCCAGUGCUGCUGGAGCGCCAGGUUGACGUUCCAGUCUGCGCGACGCGGCUUCCUUGACCCCCGCUCCGAGGACUACCGCUGGCCGCUCGUCCGCAAGGCAAUCCCCAAGCCCGCCUUCAAGCUCCUCAACCUCGUCUUCAUCGCCUUCAUCCAGAACUUCCUCCUCCUCGCCGCCGAACUCCCGCAAUACCUCCUCCUCACGCACUGGCAGUCCUCGUCCGGCCACAUCUCGACCCUCGCCAAGCUCAAGCCUCAUCACGCGUCGACCUCAACGGUCCCGCUCAACAUCGCCGACGCUCUGCUUGCCGUCACUUUCAUCACGUCGCUCGUCUUGGAGAUGCGUGCGGACAACCAGCAGCAGACGUUCCAACGGUUGAAGCACGGAGCUCUCGACAAGCAGAGGAAGGGGCAGCAGAUUACGGACAAGGAGAAGAAGGCGAUUGAGCGUGGCUUCGUUGCCGAGGGACUUUGGGCGUGGAGCAGGCACCCCAACUUUGCCUGCGAGCAGACGACCUGGUACCUCCUCUACGCCUUCACUGUUCUCCCCUUCCUCCCCGUCACCCAGUCGUUUGCCUCGCACCCGAUCUCGACUCUCCGCUACCUCCUCACGCCGUCCUUCCUCCUCUCGCACACUCAGAAGCUCCUCCUCAGCCUCUCCGACUCGCUACCCUCGCUCGAUUCGGCCCUCACGUCGCUUCAACACCCGCUCGUUUACCUCCGCGCGCACUCGUCCCACCUGACGAACCACUCGUUCCUCCGCUCCGAGGCUGCCAAGGUUCACCUCGAGGCGCUUUCGGCGUGGAACACGAUCAAGAGUGACGAGGGGCACUUGUGGAACUACUCGAUCAUCGCGCCUCUCACGAUGAGCGCGUUGUUCUUCUCGAGCACGAUGUUGACGGAGCAGAUCAGCGCGAAGAAGUACCCUCUCUACAAGCAAUACCAGAAGCGCGUCGCCAAGUUCUGGGCGCCCCUCACGCCGCUCAAGGGCAUCUACCUCACGCUUUCCGGCGGACGCAAGAACCGCGUUGAGCGCCAGAUCUGGGGCGGAGGACUCGAUGGCGGGCGCAAGAUCAAGCAGAUUUAG